AUGCACAGCCAGCGGCAGCGGCGUCUCGCGCCCGAUUUAGCGUACGCUUCUCAAGCAGCUCGAUGGAAAAACGGAUUUAAGCCGUCCCCGCAACAGCAGAUAUCCCAGCAGCAAACGGACCUCGAAAAUGCGCUUGUUUCGGAGCUUUGUUCGUCGGUCGGGUCCUCAUCUUUUCCACCUCGCGAGGUGUUGCAAAAGCUUUUGCGGUAUUUGCAUACACUGGACCAUGAUUACAUCUGCGAGCUGCUCGAUGAUAAAUUUGAGAACCCGCUGUGGCAAGUGAAGGCAAAAGCGCUGUCUGUACUCAGCGCACUAUUAAGCAGUGCUGAUGCCGAGUUUUAUAUUCAGUAUUACAGUGGACGUUUGGACUUGCUUGAAAAUAUGCGGAACGCUGGAAAAGACAUGCUGCGUAAACGGGCUGAAAAAGUCUACAUUUUGUUAAGAGAUCACGUGCCAUCAAAUAAGGAAACUCCAUUGGAACUGAUGCAAAGAAUGCAGGAAGAAGAGGUUGAAGGAUCUGAGGCGAGUGAGUCACCAGAAAAACACACUCUGAUUCACACAUCGCCCAUUGGAACGUCGCACCAGACACCGCACGACUUGAUGAUGGAUGUAAACGACUCACCACGCAGCAAUAGCGCACCGCUACUGAAUCUUGUGGCCCAUGAAAAAUCAGCUCUUAGUUUUUCAGCACAAGCAAGCCCACAAGAGUAUCCACCAGCCGUGAUGGCAGCUGAGCCUCUGACUCCUCCCGUUGGGAACUCAGCAUUUGGCUUUCUAUCUCUAAAUGGCGGAGAAAUUGACGUGCCGAUCAAUCAAAAAUUGGACGUAGACACACCAGUUCUUAGCACGCCGCACUUACCAUUGGAGGCGUCCGGAUUUAGUUUUAUGAAGCAGACAUCCCCGGCGUCGGCGACUGCAGAACCGUCUGCCUUUGCAUUCGUUAGUGACCAGCAACAGCAGGCUCAGCCUUAUAAUGAUGCUGCGCUUACCCCUGCAAAAUGA